AUGCCGCGGCGUGCGUCGAGCGAUGCUAUGCGGGCCGCGGACGCGUCGACGGAGGAGGUGCUGGACGUGUACUCGGUGUCGGAGGACGAGAAGAGCCCGGUGCACAUCGACCUGACCGGCGCGAGCGACGAGGAGCGCGCCGACGCGGAUGGCGCGGCCAAAAGCGGGGUGGCAAAAAAGGGGCCCAAGCGUGCCGAUGACGCUCGCGGGGCGCCCAGCGCGGCUGCGUCGCCGGCGCAUAGCACGCCCGCACCCACUUCUGACGCAAUUUCGCUCGCUUCAGAUCUCGACUCGGACGACAUGGACGACGUCGCGGUCGACGACGAACUCGACAUGGACGACGUCGAUAUCGAUACCCCCCAAAAUGCAUACGCAUCCCUGUACGACGUGCCUGCCGAGCCUGCACCGCAAGGUGCUCCACUGCAGGUGGUUGUGGCGCGCGACGAGCCAAAAUCCACGCCAAAGAAGCGCACGACGCAGUGGACGCCGCGCGACCGAAAGAACCGCAUCCUCGUCCACCAGCUCCAGGUACUUGCUGUACUGGCCGCGGCGCGCAUCCGCAACCGCUGGUGCAAUGACGCGGAACUGCGAGAGACGCUCCUCGAUGCUGUCCCCGACAAUCUCUUGCACAAGCUCUACGCCAUCCAUCCCAAGCGCGAGCCGGAGCGCCGGGAGCGCGUGCGCCUAUUCGAGGCGUUCAUGCACGACCUCGUGCGCUGGUGGGCAUCGCGGUUCCGCCUGCAUGCGGCGCAGUCGGCCGCAUGUGCGUGGCGGCAGCCGUGCCAGGACCUGCUGCUCGGCACGCCCCUUCCCCCGCAUACCUGGGUCGACGGCUGGCUGACCGAGUCGCCCGCCGAGCGCGCACGCCGCCAAAAGAUGCCGCGAAAAAAGCGCACGAUGGAAGUCGCCCUCUUUCCGCCCGGCGGUGAGACGGCGACGCCGACGUAUCUGCGCCUCUUGCCGUGCGACGCGCCAAAAUGUGCCAGCGACCUCGUCGAGGCUGCGAAUACCCGCCUCGGCACGCACGAGACCAGCGCACUGCUGUUUUGUGCGCUGUGCCGCGCGCUCGGCGUGCCUGCGCGCCUCGUUGUCAGCGUGCAGGCCGCGCCGUGCACGGCCGCAGCGGCCAAGACGCCCGGCGCACGCUCGCGCGAGCCGCGGCCCACCGAGACGGUCGUCUCGAGCGACGAGGAGCCUGCGCCGCGCACAAAGCGCCGCGCUGAAAAGUCGGGGUACUACAUCGAGCCUGUCGACGCACGCGGCCCGCCGACGGUCUGGGUCGAGGUCUUUAGCAAGCCCUACCAGCACUGGAUCACCGUCGAUCCCAUCCGCGCCUUGGUCCGUGUCACGGGAAGCAAGCACAUGGAGCCGGUCACGACGAACAAGCAGAACCGGCUUGUGUACGUGGUCGGGUUCGAAGAGGACGGGUAUGCGCGCGACGUCACCGCACGCUAUACUCGCGUGCUGCAUACCAAGGUUGCGCGGCAGCGGCCUGCAGCCGUCGCACGCAACAAAGCGCUCCCCUCUACGCCCGAGGACUGGUGGGGAACCGUGGUGCGUGCGCUGCACCGGCCGCAGCGCCUGGACCGCGACGCGGCGGAGGACGUAGAGCUUGCGGACCAGGCGGCGCGCGAGCCGAUGCCGACGAGUCUCGGCGCGUUCAAGGACCACCCAGUGUACGUCCUCGAGCAGUUUCUGCGGCGCGACCAGGUCAUCCACCCGCUGCACCGCGUCGGCACCUUUCAAGGCAAGCCAGUGUACCUCCGAGCCAACGUGCUUACACUGCAGUCUGCGCGGCAGUGGUACAACCAAGGCCGCGAGAUUGUCGAGGGCGAGCAGGCGCUCAAGGUCGUCAAGGCCCGGGGCUAUACGCUGAUGAGCAAGCGCAUGGAAGAGCAGGCACGCGCCGACGGCCAAGAAGAGGCUACAGAAGGGCUCUAUGCGUACCACCAGACGCGCGUCUAUACGCCGCCGCCGGUCGUCGACGGGCGUGUGCCGACGAACGGCUUUGGCAACAUUGACCUGUUCGUGCCGAGCAUGCUGCCCGCCGGCGGUCUCCAUGUUCCCCACGCCGGCGCGGCCAAGGCGGCCAAGAGCCUCGGCAUCAGCUAUGCAGAGGCGGUGGUCGGCUUCGAGUUCCGCAAGUUUCGCAGCCUGCCCCGCCUCGCCGGCGCUGUGAUUCCCAAAGAGCAUGCAGACCAAGUCUGGGAGGCGAUCCGGCAUGCAGAAAAGCAGGCGGCAGAGACCGAGCAGGCCAAGCGCCAGGCGCGUGCCAUCAAGGGAUGGCGCAAGCUGCUUACCGCGCUCACCGUCGCAAAGCACGUCCAGCAGCAGUACGGCACGGCGAAAGCCACGACGCCGCACGAUGCCAAGCCGCAGCUCAAGGAGCGGUUGCGCGAGACCGAGGCGCGCCACGAACAAAAGCAGCUGCAGCCCCUCCCAGUCGCGCCUCGCGAGGCGUCGGACGAGAGCGAGGACGAGGCGCCGCAGCGCCCUGCACGCCCGAUCGUCUCGCUCGACGAGCUGAUUGCGGCGGAUGCCCGUGCGAGCGAGGCGGGCACGCCGCAGAGCGACAUGUCCACGGCGUCUCCCGCGUCGCCGGCCCCAUUGCCGGCGCCAAAGCGGCGCCGGAUCGUGCUGAAGCGGUCGGCACCGGCUGAGCCGGCGCCGCGGCGCAGCACACGCCGUGCGGCGACGGCUGCAGCGAUGGCCAUGCACGAGCUCAGCGAGAGCGACGACGAUAUACCCUAA